AUGUCCCCCCAUUGGUCCAAGUUAAGCCAGACAUGUCCCCCCAUCGGUCCAAGCCAUGUUCUUCUCCACGCCUCCUCCCUUCUGUGUUCCUCACCUUCCGUUUUUCCCUCACCAGGCAGGCCAAGCCAGUCAUGUCCCCCGCUGCAUGGGUGCGAUUUCAUCUCCUCUCCUCACUCGUCCCCUACCAAUCUCUCCUCUCCUCACUCGUCCCCUACCAAUCUCUCCUCUCCUCACUCGUCACCUACCAAUCCCUCCUCUCCUCACUCGUCCCCUACCAAUCUCUCCUCUCCUCACUCGUCCCCUACCAAUCUCUCCUCUCCUCACUCGUCCCCUACCAAUCUCUCCUCUCCUCACUCGUCCCCUACCAAUCUCUCCUCUCUUCACUCGUCCCCUACCAAUCUCUCCUCUCCUCACUCGUCCCCUAUCAAUCUCUCCUCUCCUCACUCGUCCCCUUACCAAUCUCUCCUCUCCUCACUCGUCCCCUACCAAUCUCUCCUCUCCUCACUCGUCCCCUAUCAAUCUCUCCUCUCCUCACUCGUCCCCUAUCAAUCUCUCCUCUCCUCACUCGUCCCCUAUCAAUCUCUCCUCUCCUCACUCGUCCCCUACCAAUCUCUCCUCUCCUCACUCAUCCCCUACCAAUCUCUCCUCUCCUUUCUCGUCCCCUACCAAUCUCUCCUCUCCUCACUCGUCCCCUACCAAUCUCUCCUCUCCUUACUCGUCCCCUAUCAAUCUCUCCUCUCCUCACUCGUCCCCUACCAAUCUCUCCUCUCUUCACUCGUCCCCUACCAAUCUCUCCUCUCCUCACUCGUCCCCUACCAAUCUCUCCUCUUCUCUUCCACCCACCAGGCAGGCCAGUUCCUAGCCAAGCCAGACAUGCAGGCCAGGGGUGACGUGGCAACUGCUGCUGACGUGGCACGGGUGCGGCUGGAAGACGUGUUUGCCAAGUUUGAGGAGGAGCCGGUUGGGGCUAGCAAAGCAGGCGCACAGGGGCAGGCUGAAGGAUGGGCGCCGCGUGGCUAUCAAGCGCAGGUUGACCUGCAAGGUCCCAUCUCUGAGCUGGAGCAGCAGGUAUGUGCAUCCCCUCGGCAGAUUCGGUACGAGUUUGUCUUGGAGCACGAGGCAGCAGCCAUGGAGCGAAUCAGGCACGUCCCGUUAAAUGUGGAGGAGGCAGAGGAGCAGGCAUGA